UCUGACGAUGAAGAGGGCUUGGUUGCAGGAAAUCCGGGAGAAUCGCAGACAGCAGGCCCGGCGACCGCAGCCUCCACUCAGGGGAUCGCUACCACCAAGCUGUCACUGGUUGAGGUGAAGCAAGGAUCUGGCGCUGCUACAGCUCAAGUAGCAGCCUCAAGUACGUCCCAAGAGCCUCGUGAAAAUGAGGCAGGUUCUGGUGUCUUUCUGAAGACUACACAACAAGCACCGAUACGAUCUGCCUUGAGAGCUCAGGGCUCCCAGGGGCUCCCUAUGGCUUUGAGCGCCAGAGAGUCGCAUGAAUCAGCACAGGCGUCAAAGCAUGAAAAUCGAGUAUCUCGUUGCAAAUUUUUGGAGAAAACGCCACAACCGGCAGGAAUGAUUCCUGUUUGUCUGGAUGGAACGGGGCCCUGGAUGCCGACUCAAAUCAAUCUACUGCUGGCCGCCACCGGAGGUGGUAUCGCGACCAAUGAGCUCACCGCGUCCGUACCUUUGCAUACCAACGACUUGGAAGUGUUGAGACAGCACCUGAUCAUCCUAACACAUGCCUAUAAUAUUCAAAUGAAUGUUCGCGCAAUCCGUUCAUCUGCAGAUGAAAUGGAAUUAUUCUCAGUGAUCAAUCGAAAGUUUCGGCACAUCUUUAAUAAGCAGGAAGAGAUGCGCACCUUCAAGGCCUACGAUUUUGCUCGGGCUACUUACUGUCCUGGUCAUAAGUUUGGGCUAGAUUCCGCUCAAAGUUCUUGCUGCAAAAGCUGUCUAGGCAUGGCGGAUGGAGGCAACCUAUUUGGAAUGCAGGGCGCAAGUGAUUUCAUCGGUGAACUUGAGCCUACUCACGAAUGCUUGGGUCAGAUCAGUAGCGAGUUUAGGGUGCACGAUAGCUCCAACCUGAGAGUUACUGGUAGUUUCGACACCUAA